UCUGUCCGCCUCAGCCUCCCAAUAUGCUGGGAUUACAGGUGUGAGCCACAACGCCCAGCCUUGUUACAGAUUAUUAAAAACAGUUGAUUGACACAAUAAGUUAAGAAAAUAAAAUAUAAUAGCAGUACGGUGCAUGGAUAGGUUGGUGAUUGAGCAAUCUACCAAUAAAAAAAAUUAAGAAUGUUAUUGCAAUGGUUAAGAGGAAACAGAUCCUUGAACUUGGGUGGUGGCUAUGGAUAAACAAAGGAAGGCUAGAUUCUUCCAGUUUCCAGCCUAGAUGACUGGGGAAUUGGGAGCCAUAAACAUGGCCUUUGUAGGAGGGGAGGACUAUGUGUGUAUCUUUAGAUGUGUUGAAUGUGUGGUGGUGGUCAAUCUAGUGGUUAGAGAUGUGGGCUGGGACUCAGAGGAGGACAAAAUCCAGAUUUGAAGUUCAUUUGCAUUUUAAAGAUUGCUUUGGUUAAAGUAUAUGAGAUUUCUGAAGGAGAAAAAAGAGAAUUUUUAAAACACAGAUAAGAAAAGAAAUGUGGGGACAUCCGUGUUUAGAAAAUGGCAGAAAGACAGGGAGCUAGAGGAGGCAGACGAGGGAACCCAGGAUGGUAGGAGAAAUUCAAGAGUGCAGGGUCCUUGCAGUCAAGGGUGGAAGUGACUUCAAAAAUGGGUUAUUUGUGGCCUCAAAUGUUAUAGAGAAGAAAAAGAGGAUGAGGAUUCAGCAAAAAAGAUGGAGGGAAAUAAUGUAAAGUAUCUAGCACACUUUCUGGCACAGGGAAAGAACAGUAAAUAUCAGCUAUUAUUUGAACAACAGACCAUUAGAUUUGGCAGUUAGGAAGUGCUUACCCCUUCAUCCUCAGACCCAGUCAAAUGUCUUGCACAGAGUUGGAGCUUAUUGUGUUUUACAAUAUAAUCAAUGAGUAGAAGACAGAAGAGGAAGAGCUUAAGAGUGGCGAUAAUGUAGAGGUGGCCAAGUCAUAAAUCUGCUCAUCCUGCCUUUUGGGAAUGGGUGUUCUGGGGUCCACUGUGCACACAGGCUGGUGUGCUUGGGGAGCCAGGCCAGCACUAUGGGGACCUGAUUGAGAAAGAGGUUGAUGGCAAUCUCCUGCUAACAUUUCUCAACCCCUCACAGGUGUCACAUAGAAUGGGCAUCAAGUGCAGUGGGUAACUAUAGCAUUGUCAGGGAGUUUGUGCUCCUGGGAUUUUCUCAUCUCCAUGAGUUCCAGGUCCUGCUGUUUGCUCUGAUCCUGUUGAUAUAUGUGCUGACGCUGCUGGGCAACCUGGCCAUCAUCAGCCUCACUUGCCUUGACUCCCACCUUCACUUACCCAUGUACUUCUUCCUCUGCGACUUGUCCCUCAUGGAGAUGCUGGUCACCUCCACUGUGGUACCUAGGAUGCUGGCAGACCUGCUAUCCACUCACAAGACGAUGUCUCUGGCUAAAUGCCUAAUCCAGUCUUUCUUUUACUUCUCCCUGGGCUCUGCCAACAUCUUGAUCCUCACGGUCAUGGUCUUUGACCACUACGUGGCCAUCUGCCGCCCCCUGCCCUACCCAACCAUCAUGAAUGGUUCAGUGUGUGUGAAGCUGGUGGUGGCCUGUUGGGUGGUUGGUUUCCUCUCCAUUGUCUCUCCCACAAUGCAGAAAAUACAGCUCUGGUUCUGUGGCCCUAACAUCAUCGACAACUACUUCUGUGACUCUGCCCCGCUGCUCAAGCUUGCCUGCUCUGACACCCACCAUAUUGAGUGCAUGGUUCUCUUCCUGUCCCUGCUCUUUGUGCUGACCACCAUGCUGCUCAUCAUCCUCUCCUACGUCCUCAUUGUGGCUGCAGUGCUGUACAUCCCCUCCUCCUCUGGGCGCCAGAAGGCCUUCUCCACCUGUGCCUCUAACCUCACAGUGGUGGUGCUGGGCUAUGGCAGUGCCAUCUUCAUCUACAUGAGGCCAGGCAAGGGCCACUCCACACAUCUCAACAAGGUGGUGGCCCUGGUGACUGCAGUGGUAACUUCUUUCCUCAACCCCUUCAUCUUUACCUUCCGGAAUGAAAAGGUCAAGGAGGUCAUUGAGGAUGUGACCAAAAAGAUCUUCCUUAGAGACCCAGCAGCCUGUAGGUGAAAGAGUGAGCCCUUGACAGGGCUGGAGAGCACCUGACAAGUCAUGAGGAGUAGACUUGCUGCAGGGGGGCACCCACAUGCCUAAGCUGGAGCUCCUCACUCUCUUUUUUUCUGUUUCUCCUGCUCUCUCAUCUUCAUGCAAGUUUCUUCUCUUGCACUGCAGAGAACUAAUGGACACACACUGUGAGAAUGUCUCAAAGGCAAGUUUCUGUGUGCCUGAGAUAGUUAAGGAAUGGAUAGGGAAUGUGGAGUCAGUACAAUGGGACGAUAUUAAUUAAAAGAGAUAAUCCAAACAAGUAAGACUCUUAGUGCAGGGUCUAGUACAUUAAGUAAGAGCUCAGUAAAUGUAGCUAUUAUUAAAAUGUCCUAUUAAAACCUCUCUUUCUCA